AUGUUAGCAAAGUACCAGACCGCCUUCUCGAAUACCGCGAGUACCACUCAAUGUUCCCAUGGAUCGCCGCUCGCAAAAGCGCUGUGCAAGGUAUGGCCAGAGGUUGUUAAACAGGUUCGAUGGUCGUUAGGGAAUGGGGAAAAGUGUCGAUUUUGGCUUGACCCUUGGCUGGGCUCGAUCGGACCGCUCAUCCACCUUGUGUCUCACCAGCCAUCUGUGAGUAAUAUCCAGGCCCCGGUCGCAGAGUUUAUCGAUGACAUCGGUAACUGGAAGUGGGACUCCUUCCAUGGUUAUCUACCGUCGACCGUUGUUAUGCGUAUAGCCAGAACAUUCCCGCCACGACCCACUGCAGGUCCUGAUCGCAUCAUGUGGGCACCCUCCCAGAAUGGUCAAUUUUCAACUAGCACGGCCUAUCAGGCGUUAAACCCCUCGGAUCGUCCACCGGAGGCCCCGUUGUGGAAAUCGAUAUGGCGGGUACAAGCUCCCCAACGGGUCCGCACCUUUCUGUGGUUGGCGGCCAAGGAGCGUCUCCUUACAAAUGAGGAUCGGGUUCGGCGACAUAUCUCCGGGUCGGAUCUCUGUGAAGAAUGCGGAGAGAAGGAGACGGUGCUGCACGUCUUACGUGAUUGCAAGUGUACCAAGAGCUUAUGGAAGCAGCUCAUUCCGGCUGGGCAGCUAGACGACUUUUUUCUGCUGCCGCUGCAACAGUGGCUUCGGCGAAAUCUGUUAAUGGCGAAGUUAGGGACGGUUCUGGACUGGGGCAGCUUAUUUGCGUUUACGUUGUGGAGCUCGUGGCAUUGUAGAAAUAAUAGGAUCUUUAAUAACCGCACUUUGAGUGGUGUGAACAGGCGGCAGCAGGUUUUAAGCCUCAUGGAAUCGUAUGCACGAGCGUGCACCGCCUAUAGGCGCGUUGGGGCUACCAUGUAUGAGGUGCGACUCAUUCAUUGGUCGUAUCCUGAGCCGGGGUGGAUUAAAGUGAACACUGAUGGGUCUUAUGAUGGCAAUACGGCCCUUAUGGGUGUUGGGCCAGCCCCAUUUGGGCCCAAUGACCGUGCACCUCAAGCCCAAAUCCGCGGCAAUUAG